CGCGGCCCCGCUCCCGCGGGCUCAGUCGGGCCUGGGGUGCGGAGCUGAGCGGAUCGGAGCGGAGCAGCCGGGAGCCGGGAUGGAGGCGCCGCCCGCACCCCCCAGCGUUCCCCCGGCUCCCUGCAGCGCGGCCCGCAGCCUGCAGGACGAGCUGACGUGCCCGGUGUGCCUCGAGUACUUCAACGACCCGGUGCUGGUGGCCGAGUGCGGGCACAACUUCUGCCGCGCCUGCGUGACCCAGUGCUGGGAGGACUCGGCGCGGCGCCUUUGCUGCCCGCAGUGCCGGGAGCCGGUGCCGCAGCGGCUCUUCCGCCCCAACCGCUCCCUCGGUAACAUCGUCCACAUCGUCCGCCAGCUCGGCUUGCCGCCCAGCCCCGCCGAGCCGCCGCCGGGGCCUCCCGCGCCCUCGCCGCCGCUGCCCGCCGCCGCUCCGCCCGGCCCGCCGGGCCCGCCGCGCUGCCCCCGCCACGGGGAGCCGCUGCGGCUGUACUGCGUGCAGGACCGCCGCGCCGUCUGCGUUGUCUGCCACCUGUCCCGCGAGCACCGGACCCACACCGUGCUGCCCGCCGAGGAGGCGGCCCAUGCCCCAGAGGAGGUGCCCCAGGAGCACUUGAGCUCCCUGAGGAAAGGGCGUGAAGAAGCCAAAGCUGAGAGGGAGAGACAGAGCGAGGACUUGCUGAAGCAAACAGAAGUGGAGAGGCAGAAGAUCGUGGCUGAGUGCAAGGAGCUCCGGGGCUUCCUGGAGGAGAAGGAGCAGCUCCUGUUAUCCCGCCUGGAAGAGCUGGACAAAGACAUCCUCAAGAGGAGGGAUGAGAGCGUGUCCCGGCUCUCCGAGGAGAUCGCCCAGCUCGACAAGCUGCUGGCUGAGCAGGGAGGAGAGAGCAGCCCCGGGAGCCAGCCCGGGCAGGUUGUUGCCCCAUCUGGAAGCAGCUUUGAGAGCUGGAUGUUCUGCAAGCCCGAGGCUGGCUUCACAGAGCUGGAGAAGAAACUCAAGAGCUUCUCCCAGAAGAGUGCAGUGCUGAAGGAGGUGUUGCUGGAGUUCAAGGAGAACCUCAGGUUCGAGCUGGAGAAUGACACAGGUGACCUCUCCCUGGACCCAGACACAGCCAACCCCUACCUGGUGCUGUCAGAGGACAAGAGGAGCGUGCGGCUCCGGAGCGCACCGCAGGAGCUGCCGGCAAAUCCCAAGAGAUUCGAUUAUUCCUUCUGCGUGCUGGCAGCGGAGGGGUUCGUGGCUGGGAGGCACUACUGGGAGGUGGAGGUGGGAGAUGGGGAGAGCUGGGUGCUGGGGGCAGCGCGCGAGUCCGUGCGGAGGAAGGAGAAGAUCGACUUUGCUCCCGAGGAGGGGAUCUGGGCGGUGGGAUUGAACUGGAAAGGGAAGAACUGGGAUCAGUACCAGGCUUUCACCUCCCCAGAGACGCCCCUGUCCCUGUGUGAGAGGCCCAGGAAGAUCGGGGUCUACCUGGACUAUGAGGGGGGGUGGGUGGCGUUCUACAACGCCGACAACAUGGCUCCGAUCUUCACCUUCACCGCUGCUUUCACCGAGAAGAUCUUCCCCUUCUUCUGGCUCUUCUAUGUGGGCUCCUCCCUCUCCCUCUGCAAUUGAGCCUCCAGUUUCUUUAGCCCUCCCGAGGUGACCUGCAAGUAGGAUCCUGUCCCUUUUCCCGCCCUGCUUUCAGGCAGAGCCCCCCAGACCUCCUCAUUGUCCCUUGUUCUGCUGUUUUCUUGUUGCUUUCCGGUUUUGAGUCGUCUUCACACCAAAAACCUUCCUCCGGGGCAUCAGCCGUGGAGGGUGAUGGCUGAAAUAGCCUGGUUGUGGGGUUAUUCUUGUUGUAGAAGUAACCCCAUGUGUUUUGUUUGCUGUUCUGUUUCAAGUUUGCUGCCCCAUGUGAACAGGGAUGUAACCAGGGACGAAAGCUCCCAUAGGGGUUACUUGCAUCCUGCAUUGUUCCAAAGCUUUUGUGCACCCCAGGAAGCUCUAGAAGGCUGGAAAACCAGCGUGAGGAGCAGAGGUACCAUUCCCAGCCCUGGUUCCUGAUGCAGUUGCUGUGCAGGUCACCUUUUAGCUUCCCUUUCACCUCAUCCUUGCUUUCCUUUCCCCUUGGGAAAGGGCCGAGUUCAUCUCCUCGCUGUUGGUAGCACCAAGAGAGCAAAACCUCAUCCCCUUCCUCACCGCUUCCCCCAGUAGCACUGAGCAUCCGUAGGGUUGGGAAUGGAGGGAGAUGGGAUGAGUUUUGGGGUGUAGCCAUAGGGACAUGCAGCAAAGCAGCAGUUUAGGGUUGCAUUGUGGGUAGAGCCCGAUGGAAUCCAGCUUGUAUCCGUUGGGAAGGAGGGGGAAGCUUGUUUUCAAUGUGAUCUCGUGCGUAUAACCCCUGGCCCACCCUCGUGUGCUCCACGAUGCUUUCUUGUCUCUGCCCUGUCACUGUUUAGUGGGGAAAUAAAAGUUGCUGUGCAAAAAACUAACACCAAAAUCCCUGGAAU